AUGCCAUCCGGGUCUGCUCGCGCCAUGCAGUCUUCGCGCAGCUCGAGGCGUGGCGCGGGGAGCUCCGCGCCCAAGGUGGUACUCGGAGGCGGAGCGGGAAUACUGGGGAGUCAAGGCGGGGAAAGAUCGAGUUAUGGCAGUAGUGGAAGAAAGAGCGAAGAAUUAGGACGCGCUUCCCCCUUCCUCGGUUCUACGACUUCUCCCCGGUCGCCGCACUUCCCUGUCCAAUUCCACUCGCCCUCAUCUCCCUCCUUUCCCCCCAACAUAUCUCAACCUCCCCAGAGCAGCUCGCACGCUCGCGCUCCCAGUCCCCAACCUAGAUCGACAUCGGGCAAUACCAAAUCUGGCACCUCCAACUCGUCCCUCUCCACCACGGCAAGCACGAGCAGUCGGACGCUCAAGACUCCACAUGCAAAGGCAGACCAGACCCGUCCCGAGGUGCAGAUAGCCAGCUCAUCUGGCUCGCUGGAGGGUCACGCGUCACCCUCGCCCGCCGGGAUGCACGUCCUCAGGAUCAAGGAGGCACCCAUAUCUCCAACCCCCGCGCAGCCGAGGAAGAGCAGUCUGGGAAGUGGAGGCAACAACAAGGCAUUACCGACUGUAUCGCAACAGCCGCUACCUCCUUUACCGCCACUCACGGCUGCUCAGCUCCAACCUCAGCGCAAGAUCGCUCGGCCGGUCGACGCGGCAUCACCGGUGGUGGCGACGAGACGGGAACAGAUGGGACAGGCGGGUGGGGCGAAGAAGGAGCACCGGCUGAGCCAGAAUUGGGUGCAGAUCGCGGUACCCGAGUCAGCGGCGGAAGUGGCGGGUCCCAGUCCUCCUCGUCCUACUGCCAAUCGGGCGCGCUCAGCCACGCAAAUUGGCAGGCUACCAGCGGUCGGAUCGGUGCCGAUGAAGGGCAACACUCCUUCUCCAGUGCGGCCCGCUUUCGAUCGAGCCAGCACCGCGCCCUUGGCCGCGCCGAUUUCCCCUACUCCAGCCCGAGAGGGUGCUGGACCGCAAGGUCGAGUAUCGCUCGAUCAGCUUCGGUCCGCCAGUCCGACUCCACAACCCCAGUCUCAGCCCCAGCCUAUGCGUCAACGGCUCAAUUCCAUGAGCACGCCCCCGGCCCUCGUCCUCGAUGCGGCCAAGGAGAGCAAGGGAGGGAGUAUGGGCAUGUUCCGAAGUGCAGCGGUGAAGCGGGGAGAGACCCCUCCUCCGUUCGUCUCGCGGCGGUCGGAGGAUGUGCUGCGGUCUGGCUCGGGCGACAAGGAUGCCCGUGGGGCGCAGCAGCAAGCGUUGGGCAACGGAACCGCACCAGGAGCGAGCGGAGAGGAACGCAAGUCGUCCGGCCUUAGCCUGAAAAAGUCCUCGGGUGCGCUCAAGGCUCUUUUCAACCGAGGUGCGAGCGGAAAGGGGAAGGAGAAGGAGGUGACGCCCCCGAUGCCGUCGACGGAAGAACGGAGCGUCGGUAUGGCCAAAUCUCGUCCGUCUACCUCGACCGCGGACAGCCGUCCUUCAUUCGCACGUCCUCGGACCCCCAGCUCCAACUCUCCCGUCAUCGAGAGUCCGAGGGAGAGGGAAAACAGUGCCGGACGGGCCAGCUUUAGCGUCGAGCGCUCGCUGUAUCCAGCACCGCCAAUGAACCGGACCGUUAGCGACUCGGCCGCUACCGUCCUUUCUGGCGCAUCGUCCUCUGCGCCCGCGCAAGCACCUCGCUUGCGCGCUCCCGCUCGCGAACCUCCCGCUAUCGCACGGCUGCCCCCGCCCGAGACGCUCAGCACGGCCGACUCGGACACGAGCCUGGCGUAUAUGGCUCGGAACUCGGUCGUACUGGGCGAUACUAGGCCGCUGUCCAUGUAUCGGGACGAGCCACCUCAGCUGUCCACACUCCCUUCGAGCGAGUCUAUGGACUUUGAGCGCAAGCCUGUCCGAGGGCAGAGCGAGGGAGAAGGCUUCCACCCACUUGGCCUGCCCACCGUCAAGUCUCUCCACCUGCUCGCGCUCCCCGACAUGGACCUCAACUUUGACGUCUCGUUUGACGGAAUCGGCAGUUCCCCCACUACUCCGCGGAAAUCACGGAAAGCCGGCGCGGCAGGUUCGCCGAUCCCCUCACCGCAGCGAUCUCGGACAUUCCGCGAGUCCAACCAGUCCAGCCCAACGGGUCAAAGGCACCGCGCCGACCGUCGCCGCUCCAGAAGCUUCGAUGGGAUCGGCGGGUCUACGGCUAUAGGAGAUAUGUGGCGGGGCCAGGGAGAAGGCGGAUUUAUUCCUCCAAAUGUGGCCAAGCUGUUCGGCAACCCCUCCUCUAGCUCGGCUCCUCUGCUCUCAAAGCAGCUCGUCGACUUUUCGUCCUCGCCUGAUCUCAGCCUGGAGCAGGCCUCGGUGCAGGCCAAUCCACCAAAGGCGGCCAGUCCAACUCUCGCCCCAAGCUCGGCGGAGAGCUCGGCCAUGAGCCACGACCGGACUCCAUCCAACGCAAGCAGUAUGAAUGAGAGCACCGCAUCGCCCUCGCCGUCCCCACCUCGUACACCCCCAGAUGUGAGACAGGCGUUUGGCCCCAAACCCGUCUAUCCCACCCGGUCGGCGUCGAGCGAUAGCCACGAUGCUCGGUCGUCCUCGGAGGAGACUGGCGAGAAGACAUGGAGCACGUUGGGCAAGGCGCCGAGCAUGCCUCUGCCUGCUCUGCCUGAGCUCGGUCCGGCGGUCAUACCAAGCAUGACUGUCACGCCCGUUUCGAUCACCCGCGCACCCCCUCCCCUCCCUCGGGCUCGCAAGCUGCACACCAAGUCGCAGCGCGUCGUCCCGGAUGCUCUGACGAGCACCAAGCAGCUCGCGCGUGAGAUGGAGACGCUCCUCCAGACCUUCAAGUACCCGUCGCAUACCACCACUGGGGCCGAACGGGCCAGCAUGGUCCGCACGGAGCUCUUGACGUUGAUCGUGGAGCUGGACAAGCGGCCGGUGGAAAGUAGGGAAGACCAUCUGAAUGUUUCGAUGACGGACGCGGCGUUCCAGUGGUGCGAGGCGCUCUUGUUUGAGCUGCGGGUGGAUCGGGCUGCGAAUGAGCGAGGGGCGUGCCUUGAGGGUCUUGCCGCGAUGCUGGAGAGUUCUUGCUUGUCCGAGAAGGCGCUGCAAAAGUCGAGAGCCAACCAGAGCCGCUUCACGCAGCUUAUGAUCAAGGCGAUGACUUUCGUCAUGGGGAAACUUGGGGCCAAGGGGGUAUUCCACAAUACCCUGUUGUUUUCUGGGCGAUUCUUGGCUUUCGCAUUCUUCCGCGUUCCCCACAUCGCCGAGCAGCUCGUUACGGUUCUUCCUCCCCCUCGGGGCGCCCUUAUGCGCUUCACGCGUACGGUCCUUGUCGACUCACCGGUCCUCCCCACUUCCGCCAAGCCAAAAUACCCGGAGCACCUGUCCGCUCUCUGCUUUGACGACUCUCGCUCCUACACUGCCCGUCUCUCCAACCUCUCUGCCGACUUUGCCACCCACGCCGAGCGCUCUGCGUUCCUCUUCCAACCUGGAAACUGGCUCCGCCGGUGGCAGUCUGACGACUCGGAGCUCUUCCCUGCGUUCUACCGGGCGUAUCAUCGUCAACUCGCCAACUACCUCUCUCCCGUUCUGGAGCACUACGAGAAGCUGGAUCGACCCGUUCCCGCCUCGAUCCUCCUGCGCGCACCCGGAUACGCACACCUCGCCACUGUCUUUGCGACGAAAUGUCACUCGUACAUCCUCGGCUCGGUCAAUGCGGUCACUACCUCUUCGUCCGCCAAUAACUUCGAAGCGCAAGAGACGGCCGGGUUCCGCGGGAGCCAAAAGCCCGCAGUGCUCGAGACGGCCAACCGCCGGAUCGUCGAGACGCUGUCGACGUUUGCCAACUUGCGCAUGGUCAUGCCGUCCUCGGGGCACGUGAUCGAGUGCGACGGCAGCCAGCUCUGGGGGGACAUGAUUGAUGUCUGGACCAAGUCGAUCAUCUCCAAGACGUCGUUGUACGCCCCCAAAGGCGUCUUUUCCCUCUUUGACCUCUUGGACGGGAUCGUCGAUCCCCCGUUUGAUACACUCCCCCAAACCCUCGCUGCGCCGCCGUUGUCGCUUCUCGACGUCCCUCAUCUCAUUUACGUUAUCCGCAUGAUCCUUACCGAGGGCGAACACGCUUUGACCUUGGUCAAGGUUAUUGCGUUUGUCUUUACGCACUGGGAGGUGUUGACUGCUCGUGCGGAGGAUCGGAAGGAGUUGUGCUUGGGUCUGCUGUUGACCAAGGAGUUGUUUGAGCGGUUGACCCUGUUCUGGAGUCAGUCGGUGCGGAGUUAUGUCUUGCGUCUCGUGGUGUUCCGUCUUGGCCACUUGCACACCAAGGCCGAAGAUGGUGAGGCGCACCAGGUCGAGAUUGAGUCGGUCAAGCUUCUUCAGACUAGUCUGGACCGGAUCAAGAAGCGGCACGACGAGCUGGAGCCCAAGCCUGCUACUGCCGAUCUGGAAGCCGACUCCCACGCCCCGCUCACACCCCUCGGAGAGGGCGGACUCUCCCACUCUCGCUCCACGAUCACCAUGAUCCAGGAUUCGCCGUCCAUGGGCGGAAGCUCCAACAAGGCGGAACGCCUCCUUGGUCUAGGCUUCGGGAUGGAGGCGAAAGAGGAAGAGGGCAGAAUUGGGAAGGCUACCAACUGGUUCAAGAAGCGCGUGGGCGGAAAGAAGGGCAGUAAAGGGCCGGGAUCGCGCUCGCCUAGCCCCUCGCCGUCGAUGGAGGGGAGCCCGUUCUUGGCUUCCUCGUCCUCGCCGAAAUUGGGAGCGGGAUCGCCGCUGCUCCGGCCUGCAACGACCACGCCGAAGAUACCGCAGAAGAGCGGGCUGGGGAGCCCGAUGUUCGCUAGCUCGUCAAGCGACUCCAGCGCCGACUCGCCCAGGGAGUCCUCGGCCCCGGCUACGCUCCCCCCUUCAACGCCGGCCAUGUCCAGCUCCAGCACAGGCGGUCGGAAAGCACCCCCACCUACCAUCCUCACCACCCACCACUCGCCCGAGACCCACCUUGGCAGUUCCUCCCCUGCAGGCGUAGCAUUCGAGUUUGAGCUGCCCACUGCCUCACCUCGUUCCGACGCCUUUGACCCCGCUCCACCCAUCUCUUCCCCGCGGCGCCAGUCCCAGCCGCCCAGCCCAAGAGGCCCCUCCAGUCCCCACAUGUCCCGAUCAUUCAGUAAGCGCUCGAGCUUGCUUCCGCCUCCGACGGCCUCGGCGCUUGACUCGCUCUUUGGUCCGAAUCAGACGCAACAGGACCGCGGACGAAGCGGGAAGGGGUCCAAGGCGGUGGUGGAUGUGGGAUACCCGGAGAAGAAGCAUGCGUAUGCGAUCAGGAUGUUGGCAGAGCUGGAGGAUGCGCAGAAAGAGUAUGAUGAAUGGUGGUCCGAGAAUGGCGUAGGCAGGAUGGAUGGCGCUCCACCGAGGUUGACGGUAGCGUGGCCGUUCCAUGAUGGAGAUGACUGA